GCCAUCGAAGAUUGAUUGAUUGUGAACCGACGACCCAUAAAUAAACAGCAGCAAGUAUGCUUUGGUUUGCAGUUUGGAAGGACACUUGAGGGUUUUGUAUAGUUUGUCCUCACUAAAUGGGGCUAAUAGAGAUAUUGUCGGCGUGUUUUACUGAAAAGAGACAAGUGGAGUCCCGAAAACAACCCUAUGGAAAUGGCACCGAAGGAAGAAUAACCGAUAGAGAAGAGAGUUAUAUUCUUAGUCACCCUCAAAACGAUUAUGUAGACCAAGUUGCCUCGAAACGCCUCAGUACAGUCUCCUCAGUUGGGUUAUCGGUUGGACAAAAGACAACACCACAGAAUGGUACUUUAGAACAAAACGAAUAUCCUUCUUCAGAGGAAACAGUUUUUGGAGAUGAGUUGGCUACAGGUGAUGAUGUAUUGAAGAAACGGGAUAGACCUAUUGAGAAUUGUGAAUUAGAGUCCGAAAAGAAAGUAGAAAGCGAUCAACAAAUGGGUUCUUUGAGUUCCGAGGGAAGUAUCAUCCACCAUUCUCAGUCUUUAGAUUCUAUUGCAGUGGAAAGGAAGCCAAAGCAAGACACAAGUGCUAUUAAAAAGUCAGAGUCGUUGGAUCAUUUAGCUUUACAAAAACGAAAUGAAACGAAAGCUACGAGCAAGACAAAAUUUCCUCCUCCGAAGCAUCCGAAUUCCAUAUCAGGCUUAUUGGGUAUCCGUGGAGCUCCAAAAAAUUCUUCGUCCAAGAUGACAAGAUCAGCUAGUGCCGAGCCUUUAUCUUCCAAAUCAAAUAAGACAACUUCUCGUCGAAGGUCGAGUUCAGGUUCUCGAAACACGUUUUUAGAAGCUUUACGUAGUAGAACCUCCAGUAGUUCGAGUGGAGAUCUACCCUGUACUGCUCUUUUGUCGAUUAUAGACGAAGCGAAAUACGGACAGCGAACAUUAGAAGAAGUAAUGGAUGCUAUGUAUGACUUAACAGAAGAGCUUCCAGAACAUGCUGUGCGUGUUGUAUAUGACUAUCUUUCUCGUAAGGAUAUUGUGAAACAACUUGUGCAUUUUGUGAUUAUGGACGAAGAACGGACUGCAGCUGAAGGUGACUGUUUUACUCAAUUAAGUGGACGAGACGAUUCAGAAAUGGAUGCAAGGCGCAAGUCACGCUAUCCAUAUGUUGCUUCCGAAAUUCUUGCUUAUGGACCAAAGAAACCUCGUCGCGUAUUAGUUGAAGAUCAUGAAGCAUUAGAUAAAUUGUUUAGCUAUCUUGAGUCUCCAGCUCCAUUAAAUCUUAUUACCGCUGGUAGAUUUGCAAAAGUGAUUGCUGCUAUGAUCCAAGAUAAGCCGAGUUCUAUUCCAGGUCGGGACAGAGCUCGAUCCGCGGAACUUUUAGUUCGACUUGUAGCUGAAGUCAAUGAUGGAGACUCGAAGCAACUUUAUUUUGAAUUUAUCAAUCAUGAAGCAGCACGUUUGUUGGCCAAAGUCAAUCUUUUCAAACUUCUUGCGGAUGCUUUUCAUGAGUCUUGUCAGUCAGGCAAAACAAUGUCUCCUUAUGACGAAGAAGUUGUAGCUAACAUAUGUAUGACAAUUUUGGGAAUAACUAUUCGAGUUAUGAUGACUACUACACCUUCUAUUUUCUCUACUGAUCGAACUUUGAAUCAAAGCAUAAAAUAUGCGAAUGCCGUUAAUAUUUUUAACGAACCAGAAGUCAUUGGUAUUAUACUCGAUGAUAGUAUUAAUGCUGUUUAUAAUGGCGAUAAUUUGGGUAUUGCACUUUGCUCUUCUUUGCGUUUGGUGAGAGAUUUGUAUCGCGCAUUGAUGAGAGGAAAGGAUUCGCCUAUUGAAGAAGUUCGACUUCCUAUCCAUUCCUUAAACACAACUCGUUUUGAGACCAUGUUGAGAAAGAGAUUUCCAGUGUUACGUAGCAUCUUGCUGAGGCUACCCAACGAGAAUUAUGGUCAGUCUUUUUGUUCUCAAAGCUCGUUUCCAAGACUUGGCCGUCUGAGACUUCGUAUUGCAGAAUUUUUUGUCGAUAUCUUGUGUGGUUCUCGACCUGAAACUGUACGAGCUAUCAUUGUAAACAACAUUCACCGUACAAUAGGAGAGAUGUUUAUAUCCUUUGAGCACAAUAGUUUAUUACAUAGUCUUGUCGCAGAUGGUGCUGAAGUUUUCUUAUUGCAACGCAAUGAUGCGGAAUCGGAAAGGGUAUUGUUUGCAGAUUUUUUGAUGCAACUCGUUUUGGAUUGUUGGAAGAAACUAGACAAGGAUCCAAAAGAUGUUCCACAGACGCUUCAUUUGGGAUAUUUAGGAGCAGCCUUGAAAAUUGCUCAAGUAUUGGAUACUUUUCAUCGCAAGAUUGCUGUCGAGACAGAAAAUGCAGAAGCAUUUGAGAAACUUUACAAAGACAGUAUUUUAGAAAUGGUCAAGGCACAGCAAGGAGUAUUAGGAGGAGUUGAACCACCAAGACAUUCUUCUACAUGGGUGCAAGACCGGUUCUCUUCAAGAGUAUUGGAAGCAGCUCCUCAUGAGUCGAUUGGUGAAGCUCUUCGUGUUCGUCUUGGUUUGGAGCGACGUCGAAAGAGUGGAGGCCAAGCAGAACAAGGCUUCUUUAAUGUUGCACGUAUUCCUUUUUAAACUUAUGUUCUUUAAGAUGGACACCAUUCCUUCUCUUUUUCAUAAGGAGAGAUGCUGAUGACGUUCUCUUGUAAUUUGACUUGCCAUAUUCAUGUUGCUGGAGUAGUAUCCAUUAAAGUUAAGUCGGAAUAAAAGUGCUCGAGUUUCGUCCUUUUCGAUAGUUUGCAAAUCUAAAAGAAAUUCAUCAAAUAUCGUAUCAUAUUGGGUUUCAAUCUGUACAAGUUUCGACAAUAAGCUUUCAUCUCUCUAUAAUUAUAAAAAUAUAUAUAUAAUUUCAAAU